CCAGUCUCACUCAGUCAUGGAUUCAGAGAGCGAGCCCGGCAAAAGCUCGGGCCACCUCGAAUGCCCUUCUAGAACUUCCAUCCCACAGUUGGUCACUGCUUGGUGGAGGGAGGGUCGAUUACCUCAGGCUGGUUCGUUCGUCCCUCACUGAGAUUCAUUGCCCUGCAUCGUACCUCACUUUCUUCAACGAGGUCUCAUCAACACCCCUCCAUUCACCUUUACAGAAGUUUCCUCUCACGAUGGCGGCGCAAGUAAGUCAGAAGAAGCAGCAAGACUUGCAAACGCAGUAUGGCGUCUACAAGAACACUCUCCAACAGAUUGCGCAAAAGAUUGGCGAUGUAGAACAAGAAGCUGAAGAACACAAGCUUGUCCUAGAGACCCUACAACCGCUGUCCGAGGACCGGAAGUGCUUCCGCCUCAUCAACGGGGUCCUCAUGGAGCAGACGGUCAAGGACGUCAUGCCUGCCCUGACGACCAACUCGGAAGGUCUGAAGAAGGUCCUGGAAGAUCUUGUUAAGCAGUACAAGGCCAAGCAGGACGAGCUGGAGAAGUGGAAGGAACAACUAGAUUUGGGCCACGAAAAGGCUCAGUCCGGCGGCGUUGGCUUCGAGAGUCUUUGUGCAUACACGGACGACGGCCUUUCAGUCUGUUUGCAGCGCAAGGGCCCUUGGAUCGGGUGA